UGUGAUGUUUUAAUAGUUAUAAAUUAACGACGUGUGAUAAAUCUAUUCAGCCGCCAGGCGCGGUUUACAUGUAGGCGUGUUAUCCAUUAAAAGAGGUAUGUACAGGAAAAGGAACACCGCUAACCCAGUGGCCAACUGGCGAAGCGACUUCCAACGAUUACCGUCCGACCGAGCAUUCCAUACCGGUACCGCCGCGCAAACACACGCCAUCUGGUAACUACCACCAUUACGAAACGUACUCCUGCCUUCAUACACCUCGCCAUGGUAGAGCUUUAAAGUGGCCGCACUAUGAGGAGCCACCUAUCACCCCGGGGUGCGUCGACGAGUCAUUGUCUCGCGAGGAAAGCGAUGAACGCGCCUCGCAUCGCAAUUAGCAAAGAGAGUUUUGGCGGCAAGUGAAUACAAAGUUGUCAUCAAUAUUGUCGUUGCCUGUUGACAUUACUGACGCGACGGAAGGACACGCGGUCGAACGUGACCGGAGGAAAUUUGGCGCGAUUUUUUUCCACAAACAGUUCAAACUAAAUACAUGUUUUGUUAUGCGCGGGCGCAGACAAAAAGUUUGCGAAAUUUUUGGCGAGAAUACAGAUUUGGAGUCGUGCUCAGGGCGCUCGCGAUCGAUCAUUGCAUCCGGCGAUGAUCACAGUGCAGGACGCAGUUCUCAGUGAUUGAUUGUGCGAUUUACUUGACAUUACAUUAGUGUUCAGUGAUAAUUCAUUGCCUUCAAAGUUAACGAGUUAUGCGCAGAAACAUGAUGGAGGCGACGGUGCACCGUGUCCUGCUCAGCAUAGCAUUAGCUCUCCUGCCAAUAGUAUCGUCAAACCAGGACCACAUUGCCAAAGAAGACAUACCUCAUUCGAGGCAGAAAAGAAUACUCUGGAUAACUAACGAUGGACGGCUAGCAUUGCCGCCGGGGACCACAAUGGCUAUCACGCCUUCACUUUCAAUGCCAUUCGUACGACAUCCGCCUAAAGGAUUUUUGUCUAACAUGACAGUUAGCUUCCCAUUUACAAUUGAUUUCGAUAAAUUGGGAUUGACGGAUAAUGAGAAUCCAUACGGCGACCUGCCGCCGAUCUUUGCUCGGUCUAUGGGCGGUGCUGCGGCGUCUGUGAUGGCUAACUACAUUGGACAUUACCUCGACACACGACGAGGGAAGCGAUCGACUAGAGAGGCUAUACCACCAGAAGUAGAGUCAGCUGUACUUGACAGAUUUCAUGGCGGAGAAAGAGCUUUAAUGUACGGUAUAGCAGAGGAUUUAUUAGCUAAUUUCGGUCUCUCCGGUAAAGAGUGUCUCUUGCGGGCUAUCUGCGAGAUCCACGCUCAUCCACUUACCAACUUUGGAUUCUUAGGCGAAGUGAUGAAGUUAUUCUUUAGCCCUAGCAAAUCGCCGUACUCAAGUCUUUUGGAAGAGUACGUUGAAGCACAACGCGCAGGCGAGAGCGGCGGCGAAUGUUGGCCGUAUUACCGACUUUGUCCUAAGAGCAUCUUCCAGCCCUCAUCUGCUAACAAAUACUCAGAAAAUGCGGAGGAUCUACACAGGCGGAAUGAACAAGAAAACAUCGAUAAGAACAUUCUAGAAUUAAAGGCAAUGUAAUAUAGAAAACUCGUUAAAAGCGUAUCCCAAAUGUAGUGCUAGCUUCCAGCCAAAGUUGAUUGAAAAUUAGUCUAUGGAGAAUUUGAGUUGAUACUGUUUAGGACCGUAGUAGUUACUUAUUAAAAAAAUAUACAUAGAUAAACGAAACCUUAUUUAUAAUAAAUAUAAGUUGAUACAUUAUCAAUGUAAAUACUAUUUUCACAGAAGCUAAUAAGAUACAUAACUUAGGACUUAAAUUAAUGAAUAGCAAUUUUACAUGAUAGCAGAUUCAAUAUUUUAUAACCCUGAUUUUUAAUCUAAGUGCCAUUCUAUGUAAGGUAAAUGUAACUUAGAAACAACUUGCUUUUGUAAAUUUUUCCUAACAUUGUAAGUUAGCUAAAGCUGUGUAAGUUAGUAAAUUAAAGUACAAGA